AUGAGCGGGGGAGUAGAGACGUCGUCGAUGACCGUUACGAAUGCGACGAAGGGGAGCAGUGAUGGCAAGCGUGGAACGACGGCUACAGGUCCGGCGUGGGGGAAUCUUGCCAUUGAUGGGGCGAGUAGUAGCAGGCAGGACCAUACGUAUCUUGGGCAGAGAUAUGAGGCUACUAUUUUUGACAUGAAGCGUGCUUGGGGAGGACUUGAACUUCGAAUCAAGACCAGAGAGCUACAAGCGACCCAAAUGGGAGUUCUUCGUCGGAGACAUUCCCUCGAGGAUUCUCUUGCAUUUCGAAAAUGCUUAAGGACAGGAUGA